UCGUAAUAGACCUUCUUUGCUUCUAUUGUUUCGACGUUUCAUCGUUUCAUCGUUUCAUGUUUCGAAGCGCCCUUCUUUUUAUAUCCACCCUUAUUCAUUCUGUAGCAAGGCCUCUUCUUUUUGGCCUUACUCAUUUCCCAUUUUGGAUCUCAUCUUAAGAUCUAUAUUUACCCAUUAUAUCUGUCAGGUCAUCCUUCUAGAUCCAAGUACAAGUCCUUCCUCACUGCCGGACAAGACAACAAGAUAUCACUCAUUAUGUCGCUGUCGAAGCAACGCAUCUCCUCGCCUUUAGAGGCAGGACCCUCGAUUCUCGAUGCCUAUAACUUACCUUCUCACUUAACAGAAGCACUAGAGUAUACGUCUAAGAGGCUUGCGAGGAAAGCCUUACAUAUUACCCUAGUUGUUGUGAGGAAGGAAUAUCAACUCCCGAGCGUAGUACCGCCAUGUCCUACGCCGACUUCACCUCCACUUACACCGGGUAUUAUGUCUCCACGGUUUGCUUCGCCUGUCAUAGGGCUGAGACAACUAGUCCGAAGGGGAACAGGAAACUCGACGUCCACCGUAUCAUCUACAGCAUCAGAAUCUUUACCUGGCACAGCCGUGUCGUCUCCGUCAUUCCCGCCCCCGCCGACAGAGCCACUUGUUAGCCCUCGUCGUUGGGUUGUGCCCCCAACACCCAGUACACCGUUUCCUCGCACGCCGAUGACGCCCCAAACACCAUCUAGCAUCCUUACAGCCUCCUCAACGACAUCCCUGACGCAGGGACCAAACGAGUUUGGCAUUCGGUUGAUACACACCAGCCUACUCACUCCUAAAGCUGAGAAGACACUACGGACUACUAUUCUCAAAGCGGAGCGAAAGUUCCGCAUAGGCACCAGCUGGUUACCUCCAGCCGCGACUGCAUCCGCAUGCGGCCUGAACGAAGAUCUCGUUCGCAGAAGUAUGCUGCAAAACGAGGUGUUAUUCUCAUCUGAAGGCUUAACCUUGCUCGGUCUCGACAGACUAUAUAGUUUUAAAUCAGCCCUUGCCGUUUAUGCGCGCUUCACAUACGGCACUACCACCUCUUUACCCUCUCCCGUCUCGCCGACCACCAAGACACUAGAUAGCACACGUCUCGAAGACGCGGUAGAUGCAUUACGGCGCCUCGUCCUUGCCAACGGCGGACGGCCCAUAUCGAAAUCAGAUCUCUUUCGGAGCUACGACUGGCUCGGGGUAAACUCGCGAGCGUUGAGAGACGUGGAGAGUAUGUACAGACGAGCAUACGGAGGCCCGGACCGAACCGGGGCCUUCGAAGCGACUACUCACGAGGAACGGGAGCGGGAGACAAAACCCGUAAUAAAAAUCGGCGCACCGCCUCCGCCCAAGACACCGCCCAGAACACAGACAACACCCGUGCUGAAACUAAACACCCAACUGGCAACCGCCACGACAACACGGAUAUUCAAGCCGACGGCUAAACUCGUGCCUCAAGUAGCGGUGCAAAAAGCACCUAUAGUAGCAGUAGUAGAUACAGAUAAACGCGGAGCCGACAAAGCACACGGCACGGGGGAUACGAAACAAAAGGUAGAAAUCAAGAUCGACGACAGCUUUCUCUACGACGACGACGACGACGAUGAUGGCGAUGGUGAUGGUGAAAAUAUCGAAGAAGAAACCGACUACGACGAAAAGGAAGACGAGGGAGACCGCACGGCCCGUCCGAUACCACCAGGCCUAGCGUUCUGGAGCAGCGCGUCGAUCGACUCGAUGAUGCUGCUGUCGUCGCCGCGCGAGAGCCAGCAGUCGCAGCGGAUGGGGCCGUUGACGCCGAACGGGUACGAGGACAUAUCGCCGGUGACGCGGGGGGAGUGGGGGUUCUUGUUUAAGGGGGAUGGGUGGCAGCGGGGGAAGACGGCGGCGGUGGAGACUUGUUAGCGAUGGGAUGGUAUUACUGUAUUGUGUGUUGUAUGCUGUGGACAGAGAUUGCAUAUAUCAGGUGAAUAUAUACCUGCUUUUAUAUAAACUAACUACCUAACGUACGUUGUAAUGCGUACAGAUACCCGCCCGACGGUUUGAUUCUCGGCGUCGUGUACGUAUACAAAUAUUUGUAUUAGGAUAGGGGCUUACUUCGCUGGGCAUGGGGGUAAUGGAAAAAAG